AUGACUGCGUCAAGCAAUCCUAAUGUGCUUCACGUCCUCGUCGUCGGUGAUACGGGCGUAGGGAAGACGCUACUUUUGCGGCGCCUGCAUCAAGUGGCUUUUCCGGGUGAAGACGCCUUGGCCUCCACAUGGGGCCCUACUACUGGAUUUCAUGUGGAGGUGGUUCGUAACACCCACCAGCAAGGCUCUGCGUUCUCUUCAAGUGGUCAAGUUGCGGCACCCUGUGUUGCAUUUAUUGAACUUGGUGGUAACCGGAAUUUUGGUCCCAGCAGUCAAUUUCCCAUUGGUCUUAUGUCUUUUGAUGGUGUCAUUUUCGUUUACGACGAGCAGAAUGCCAACAGUGCAAUCGGGCUUAGUUAUUGGUAUGACGAUUUGAAGAGUUACGGCAUUGUAGGGAAUAACGGGGGUGCUAAAGUGAUGCUUCUUGAGGUGGCGUUGUCGCCGUCAGUGCUGAAUCCUUCAAAUGUCACCAACAACCUUCCGGAUGAACUUCUUGGGGCGUAUCUGCAGAGAAAUGUCAAUGAACCUUCGCUGUGGAGGCGACUUGUGCAAAAAGUACGCGGCUCAGCUGUCCGGUGGGUGGGCACAUCGCGGCUGCGUGUUAGAGACUUUCAACAACACCAGGGCAGCUUUCGUGUGCGGGUCGUUGUUGUACUUUAUUACUGGGCGGCAAAACUUGAAAACGUGUUGCUUUUUUUAGUGGCUGUGAUCCUGUUUGGACCAUAUCAGCAAGCUGUUCGACUGCGAUGUCCAUCGGUGGCCGAAUCCUUGAUGAUGAUAUCAUCGGAUGUUCGUGGCACCCAAACAGUCUUGUCGUGUCCCCUAUUUGACCAACUGGCGUUUGAGGCAUCGGCUCUGGAGAAACUGAUGUUGUUUGUUGAUUCACUGAGGCAUGACUAA